AUGUCCGCCACCACGACGGCGUCCCUCAAAUCACCCUCACAUCCCCAUUCCCACGCGCACUCACAUUCGAAAUCCCAUUCACACUCCCACUCCCAUUCCCGCUCUUCGCGGCCUUCGACCACGCCACGCGUCCAGCCAGCUGUCGCAUCUGUCGGCCAGCCUAUGCCACCUCUCCUGUCCCCCACCAGCGUUCGAUCGCCAUCGAAUUCCAAAGAUGUCAAGAGCCCGAGCCCGAGCUAUUUUGGAUUUGUAGUGGGCGAUGACUCAAUACCUGCAGAUUCAAAUCCGGGGAAGCAUGUGCGCCAGAACUGGAAUUUCGCCGGCUCCAACGCACAGAAGGACGUUGCAACGCCCCGGCACGUACCGAUUGAAUCGAACCCCGAUUUUGAGGCGUUUAGGAGACAGUCGGAACAUAAUCACAGGUUCGCAUUGAACACCGCAUUCAGACCCUCGCAGUCGAGGACGAACUCGGACCUCAGUUCGACGGCUUCGCCACUUGCGAAAAGGCCUGCCAUUGAGAGGAGUGCACAAUCAACAGCAAAUGGAAACACCCGAAUGGAAGAUGUCUCAUUCUUUGACAUUCCGAGACAACAAUCGCCCGACUCUAUGAACCGAAAUAGCGUGGCCGACCAUCAACACGCUCGAUUAUCUCUACCUAAUAAUGAAUUCCGUGGACCUCCUUCCGGCAUUUCCAAAAUCUCCAGCCGCUCAGAAACACUACCGUCGUCGGCGGAGAAAGACGUACCGCCCAUUGUUUCCCCUACGCAAAUUGCUGAGAUCCUCCGCUCGCAACCCUCCAAUGUGUUAGUACUGGAUCUAAGAGUCUAUCAGCAGUAUGCGUCGGCCAGGAUACGGGGGGCUCUGAACCUAUGUAUCCCCACGACCCUGCUGAAACGGCCUGCGUAUAACGUCCAAAGGCUUGCCGAGACCUUCGCUUCAGCUCGAGACCAGGAAAGCUUUGCGCGCUGGCAAACCUGCUCCUACAUUGUCGUGUACGAUGCCAAUUCGUCGCUAGCCAAGGAAGCCGUCACCCCAUUGAAUGUGCUCAAGAAAUUCACGUCUGAAGGAUGGAAGGGCACCGGUCUAGUCGUUAAGGGAGGCUUCUUGAAGUUCCAGAAAUUAAUCCCCGAACUGGUUGACGAUGGUCCUGUACAGCAAGGUAAUGGCGCCACCUCUCAGCCGUUGUCGAUCUCAGCCCCUGGAAAAGAUACCCUCGCGGUCGCCGGUGGUUGCGCCAUGCCAACAACAAAAUCAGCGGCAAAUCCCUUUUUUGGAAACAUCCGCCAGAACAUGGACCUCAUCGGCGGCGUUGGUCAGAUGCCCAUCAAGAAGCCCCAUGAACUCACGGCAGAGACGGAAAAGCAUAUGCCAUCCUGGUUGAAGAGGGCGGCCUCCAAGUCCAAUGAAGGCAAGUUGGUCUCCGACAAAUUCCUAAACAUUGAAAAGUCGGAGCAAAAGCGCAUGCAGGACGCCCUCAGCGCCAAGGUCUCGUACGGAACUCCACGCGCGGAACGACCAGAAAGAAUUCAAGUGGCCGGCAUUGAGAAGGGGUCCAAGAAUCGUUAUAACAAUAUUUUCCCUUACGAUCAUACGCGGGUCAGGCUGCAGAACGUACCGAACGGGGGUUGCGAUUAUAUCAACGCCAGCCAUGUGAAGGCGGAAUUCUCCAAUCGACGGUACAUCGCCACGCAAGCGCCUAUUCCGGCGACUUUCAACGACUUUUGGCGCGUGGUUUGGGAACAAGAUGUCCGAGUGAUCGUAAUGCUAACGGCUGAAGCUGAAGGUGGACAAGUCAAGAGUCACGUCUACUGGAAGCCUGGCGAAUAUGGUCAACUGAAACUCAAACAGCUCUCCGAACGCCAAGUGAGUCUGGAACCAAAGAAGCCUGCAAACAAACCUGCACCGACCACGCGUCCAUCAAUGGCCCCAAGAAGAUCCACAACAGCCAAUAUCCCGGGUGAACGCAGUCGAGAAGAGGUCAAAUCGCCGAGCUCCAAGGCGGCGCCGACUGCCGUCGUUCGACACUUUUCCCUCAGCCAUGCCGCAUAUCCUUUCGAGCCAAUGCGUGAAAUUACUCAGAUCCAUUAUGCGGACUGGCCCGAUUUCGGCGCUCCGGCCAGCCCGACUGAACUCCUCGGGUUAGUGGAACAAGUCAAUAAGUACGUCCGAGGCUCUGCCUCGCCGUCCAGUAUUGUUGGACCGGAUGAAGCCGCUCCCAAAGGACAGCGUCCUAUCUUGGUUCACUGCAGCGCGGGGUGCGGACGGACAGGCACCUUUUGUACGAUCGACUCGGUCAUUGACAUGUUGAAGCGGCAGAAGCUCUCCCACGACGGCGACAAAGAUAGAAUGGAGGUGGAUGCUGACGAAUGGGUGACUCGCGACGAUGUUGACUUGGUCGCCAAGACUGUGGAUGAGUUCCGUCAUCAAAGACUGAGCAUGGUGCAGAAUCUACGUCAAUUUGUUUUGUGUUAUGAAAGUAUUUUGCAAUGGAUUGUUGCGCUAGAGUCGGAGCAGCGCCAAAAACGACCUGGGCUACCAGACCCGCGGAGGAGUUAUCACGGUUGA